AUGACAAAAACAAAUACUUAUGAAGAAUUACCGAAUAAUAUUUGUCCAUUGACUGAAAUUUUCCAAAAAGUCGUGAGUUUACUCAAUCGACUAUUGAAAUCGAAUGCCAUUAUUAAAGAACAACAUAAAGAAUUACAUCCUCAUCGAGACAAGUUGGUCCUAGCCCAUCUCUAUUUCAUACCAAAGUCACGCAAGCCUCUCACACCAUUACGACCGAUCAGUUCAUGCAUCAAUGGACCAACAGCAUGUAUUUCAAGCUUUCUUCAAUUCCUCUUGGGACCCGUAUUUUUGAAAGUUGCUCAACAAACAACAUUCACUAGUGGGAUCGAUGUUGUUCGAGCAUUACAAAAAUACAGAGAUAGUGGUCGACUCAAACCAACGACAUUGUUCGUCACUUUCGAUGUCACUGAUCUCUACACAAUGAUACCACGUCAGGGUGCUAUCGAUCGAUUAAGUUGA